UUUCCAACCAAUCCUUUCUCUUAAUCUCUCUUUACCCUCGGCUUCCAUUUCUGCAAUCACACUCACCAAACCACCGCCUCCUCUCUCCACCACAACCAUGGCUGCCACUUCAUGUUUCCAUGCUCUCUCAACCCCAGCCUGCAGAUCAUCAUCGUCUUCAUCCCGCCAGGCUCCGAUCAAGCCCAACCAACUCAUCGUCUGCCGCUCACAGAAACGAGAUGAAGCUACAACCGCCGACGCAUCAAUAUCUCGCCGGUUAGCUCUCACUGUUCUCAUCGGAGCAGCUGCUGUCGGCUCCAAGGUUUCUCCCGCAGAUGCUGCCUAUGGUGAAGCAGCCAAUGUGUUCGGGAAGCCGAAGUCGAACACUGACUUCGUGCCUUACGAUGGUCCGGGAUUCAAGCUGUCGAUCCCAGCGAAGUGGAACCCUAGCAAGGAGGUAGAGUUCCCUGGUCAGGUGCUUCGUUAUGAAGACAACUUCGACACCACAAGCAAUCUUAGCGUCAUGGUUACUCCUACUGAUAAGAAAUCGAUCACCGAUUAUGGCUCCCCCGAAGAGUUCCUCUCAAAGGUGGAUUACUUGCUUGGGAAACAAGCUUACUUCGGGAAAACCGCAUCUGAGGGAGGAUUUGAACAAGAUGCAGUUGCAACAGCAAAUAUAUUGGAGGUUGCAACUCCGGUGAUCGGAGGAAAACCAUACUACUCGUUGUCUGUGUUAACGAGGACGGCCGAUGGAGACGAGGGUGGUAAGCAUCAACUGAUCACCGCCACUGUGUCUGACGGAAAACUUUACAUCUGCAAGGCGCAAGCGGGUGACAAGAGAUGGUUCAAAGGAGCAAAGAAAUUUGUUGAAGGCACUACAUCAUCAUUCAGCUUAGCUUAAGAGAUUGUCUCGAGUUUGUAAUUAGUAAUUGCCAUUCCCAUGGUGUUUCUUUUGCCGUACGCUCAUCAAAUUCCUUGAGACGUUUGUGUUUCUUUGAUCAAGUGGAAUGUGGAUAAAUUGUCUAAACUUAAUCAAUAUAAGGACCCUUUUGCAUUA